AAACCAGUUUACAGUCGUCGCCCCUUACUUGGUGAAAAAUUGGUAUCUUCCAAUGAGAUGACUGGCGUUACACGCGGAAGUCGCCCGGUGUUUGUAGCACUUCCGUCUUCUGCUCCAACGGGUACACAGAAAUGACGGCAACUUUGCGCCCAUACCUGAAUGCGGUGCGUGCUACACUGCAGGCAGCUCUCUGUCUGGAAAACUUCUCCUCACAGGUGGUUGAAAGACACAACAAACCUGAGGUUGAAGUCCGGAGCAGUAAGGAGCUGUUGCUUCAGCCUGUUGUAAUCAGUAGGAAUGAAAAAGAGAAGGUCUUAAUAGAAGGCUCUAUCAACUCUGUGCGAGUCAGCAUUGCUGUCAAACAGGCUGAUGAGAUUGAAAAGAUCCUAUGUCACAAGUUCAUGCGCUUCAUGAUGAUGAGAGCUGAGAGCUUCUUCAUCCUGCGAAGAAAAGCUGUCGAGGGAUAUGACAUCAGCUUCCUCAUUACUAACUUCCACACAGAACAAAUGUACAAGCAUAAGUUAGUGGACUUUGUCAUCCAUUUUAUGGAGGAGAUCGAUAAGGAAAUCAGUGAGAUGAAACUGUCAGUCAACGCCAGGGCUCGCAUAGUUGCAGAGGAGUUCCUCAAAAAUUUUUAGGAAAUUAUCAGUACACCUUCUACUGGCUGCAAUACCUGGGUCACAUUGGAUGCUGGAAAAACUGAUGGAGAGCUGGUGGGCUACUGAGGAAGUAGUUAAGGUGUGAUUUGUUUCCUGGAUCACCAGUGAAGGUGGAACAGCUGGAUCCAGAGGGUGUCGUCUGUCACAGGAAUGAAUUCAGAGUAUUGCAGUAUUGUAACUUAAGAGCAAAGUGAAGCCACAGUACUCCUUUUGUUAUUGUUUUAUUCCUUUGACUUUUUUUUUUUUUGCCCUCUCUCAAUUUUUAAGUUGUGCUAAAUGCCUUAUUUUGUUUUAAAUGUGUUUUGUUUCUUCACACUCUGCAAUUCCAUUUAUGUAUCCUGUCUCUGUUCAUCUUAUCCCAAAUCCCUUUGCUAUUAUUUAGUAGUUGUGAAGCGCUCACAACAUUGCAAUAUUCUGAAUAUGCCACUGCUUUCCCUCGUGCUCAUGAAUAUUAAUGAGUAGGUACUGUACAUAUUUUAAAGUAUAGACUCAUUUUACCUCUGCCUUUCUAAUAAACCUUAAAAUCAGGGUGGGUCUAUAUAAAUGAAACCUCAAUGAUGCUCAUGAGUACUAAGGAAAAAUAUUCAAUGUCUAAUCAUUUAAAACGGUUUGUUUUGCCAUUGUCAGUGUUUUUUAUAAAUAUGUAUACUGUGUUCAAAAUUUUCAAGGUAAGUUUUGAUAUAAAAAAAAAACCUCACGCUGGUGCACAUGGAUUUUACAAAUCAUAUCGGUCAUGGCAAAAUAAUGAUGAUGCUAAAUAAAUCCCUUUAUUGCUUGUAAUGUGUUGUGUACUGUGGGAAUGACCACUCUUUCAAUUUAGUUCAAUUUUCAAUUUAGGUUCAAUUGCUUAUCGCGGUAAGUUUUGCUCCAGUCUGUCUUCUGUACACUUUGAAUGUUACAGUAUGUACAAUGCAAUAAUGGCUCAUAUUUGAAGAUCCUGAAAA